AGUUUCCUUUUUUUUUAUUUUCUUUCCCUUUUUUCAGUUUUCUCUGUUCCUCUGCUUUUAUUUCCUUACAUUUUUCAACUCUUCAUUACUAUUCAUUAACUUUCUUGUUAAGGGAAUCUUCGUCGUGGAAUCUGAGGAAACGUCAGUAUGAAAAUCAUGGAGUUUUCCUCGCCAUAAUGAACGAGAGAGAAUCACUAGAGGCACAUGUUGUUGGUAGAAGAAUUUCUCUGGGAUUGACUUUGAUUGAAUGAUUGUUCACUGUUCAUGCUAAACAACACAAACCAAACGGCUAUUCUGACUACUUUUUGAUCCUGUUUCUAAUCUUGUUUCUAGGAUCCUGUCUGUCUCUCUUGGUUUGGUUUAUUAGACUUGUGCUGUGUCUAAGUCUUUAUUUCAGGGCUCUGUGAGUUGAAUUCAGGUGUCACAUCCAAGGCAACAAAACAAGAUGAUGAGUCCAAACCUUGCAAAACAAGUUGGGGACACAACCUAUACCAAGAUCUUUGUUGGAGGAUUAGCUUGGGAGACUAAGAGAGAUACUUUAAAACGCUAUUUCGAUCAGUUUGGGGAGAUCUUAGAGGCCGUCGUCAUCACUGACAGAAUCACAGGAAGAUCAAAAGGAUAUGGCUUUGUGAUCUUCAGGGACCCAAAUUCUGCAAUAAGAGCUUGUCAUAAUCCCUAUCCUGUGAUUGAUGGAAGGAGAGCUAACUGUAAUCUUGCAGCUCUUGGUGCACAGAAAUUUGAUCCAUCUAUAACAACAGGAAGGCAAAAAUUCAGUAGCCCUUCAUGGAAUAUGGCACCAAUUCCAUUGCAAGGAACUUCCACUCAUUACAAUCAGCACAUACCACACUACCCAUUUCCGCAUCCAGUCUACAGGUAUCCUGGUUAUCCUCACCCACAAGACUUGUAUGAAAUGAACUACAAUAAUGCUUAUGGUGGACAGCAGCUUCCACUCUGUUGGUUUCCAGCAUAUUGCCAACCCUUUUAUGGCCUUAGUAGACAGUUUAUUCCAACAGCAUAUGUGAAAAAGGCACAAACCCCUGACGUGUCACCUCAGGAGUUCACGGUUGUUGGCUUCUCAGAACCUAUUUCAGCUUCUCCCUCAAUUUGCAGCACUGGAUUAGACACAGGAACAGUACCAGCUACAGGAGUGCUAGAAUCCCACCAAGAACAGAAGUCUUCAACUUAAAGCUAUGAUGUCAAUUUACUAGAAUAGAGAAAGUAAAAAAGAAAAAUGACACUGCUGAAUAAACCAGGAAGCUCUAAGUACAUUCCCAUUGAGGUGGUCUAGCAAAGGAACUAAAUCAAGCAAUAACGUAUUGAGAUCUCCCAUCGAUGGAACAGCUGAUCCUAGAGACCUGACACUUAUGAAGUGAAUCCUGGAUUUGUUCAUUGUCUUUGAACAUUUUUUUACUUUUCAGCAUUCUGGUGCACAGUAUUCAUUCUUCGGUUUUCCUUUUUUUUUCAUUUUAGUUUUCUUUUUUAAAAUUGGAUUCCUGCUAAGCUAUAGUUAAAAAAGAAAAAGAAAAAAAAACGAAAAAAAUUGCUUGUUAUUAUUCUUUUAUUCUUACACCUAUACUUUGCAUUCCUAUUUUGUGUUAGUUAGCUGAACUAAAAUUGCAAGAUUAAUUAAUACCAGUAUUUCUUUC